AUGGCAUGGGCUAAAUCGCCCGCUGCUCGCCAAUACUUCUUCUCUACCCACUUCUGGGGACCGAUCGCAAACUGGGGUCUUCCCAUCGCUGCCCUCUCGGACAUCGUCGGGAAAGACGAGAGCAUGAUUAGCCCGAUUAUGUCCCCGACUCUUGGCGCCUACUCGAUGGUAUUCAUGCGAUUCGCCUGGCGCGUCCAACCCCGUAACUACCUCCUCUUCGCCUGCCACCUCACCAACGCCGCUGCGCAGACGGUCCAGACCGGCCGGUUUGUCAAUUAUUGGUAUAUGGGCGGAAGGGAGAAGAGACAUCCACUGGGCGCCCCCGCUUUGGAUGCGGUGGACAAGGUCAAGGAGAAGGCGGGAGAGGCGGUCAAGGCUGUCAAGGCAUAG